CAUCCAUCCAAAUUUCACCCCCCCAGUCCCCAGUCACUUUUCUUCGACAUAACUUUUGUCUUCCAUCCAAUGCGUAUAGGGAAUAAUAUCUACCAUUCUCAUACGCACGACUGCACACACUUGUAGAAAGCCAGUUAAUCAUAGUCGCACAAGCCUUCACCUCGCAAUAGAAGAAAAUGACUACCGCCAACAAUUCAGGAUCAGCUCAAAAGCCACUCAGCGAGAGCUCAGCGACCGGAAGGGUCGAUGAAUUUUCAACGACCCAAUUCGGGGAUAAAGGUAAAGAGAAGGCGAAAGUAGGAGACUUGGAGGAGGAGGAAAGAAAAACCCUUCUGGGGCAAUUCUGUAUCGACGAAAGUGUGGCAACCGUGGGUCGCAAUCUGCUGCGAGACGACUUGCUCCCAGAAGAGCUGUCAUCUGCACAGCUCUUGCAGCAGAACAACAGGCAGAAGAUGCAAAAUCUUCUGAAGGCACGAGAGAAGAAGAGGAUCAGAUGGGUCCAAGACUUAUUUCCAGAGAUGACGGAAGAGGAGGUCAUGAUCGGCUUAAUCGAUUGUGGCGACGAUGAGCAAUUAUUGGCGGACAGUAUGUCCGUGGCAGACUCGGAGUUCUACACGAAUAUCCGGAGUCGGAUUGCCUGCUCAUCAGGCGAAUCAACCCGGGAGAGCGCGCCGAAACCAAAGGCAAAGGCAAAAGCUGCGAAGAAGCCUCAGAAGAAGAGCCAAGGCCGAAAUACUAGUACUAAGCACAGCGGGAUGGAAACAAGCACGCAGCUAGAUAUAACGAAAAUGUCGAAAGUACAGAGGAAAGCUUACGGGAAAUUUCAUGAAAACCCUAACGAGUACUACUACCGGUUUAAUGCGCCCGGUGAAGCAUCUAGACUUGAUGAAUGGAAAGAGCAUGAAAAGGCACUUUUUCUGAAGAGGUUGGAGGAGCGUGGUUCUGAGGGGCAAUGGGGCGAGUUCAGCAAGGUCAUCCCGGGUCGAGUGGGCUAUCAGUGCUCCAAUUUCUACAGGUCUCUGUUGAAGAAAAAGGAGCUGGUAGAUCCCCGGUAUUACCUCAAUGAGAAAGGUGAACCAAAGCUUGUGAAGAACAGGGAACGACAUGAGCUUAAUGUACAAGCCAAGCGCACGGGCAAAGCGCCGGUAUUGAGGGACGAGCAGUCCUCAUCACAACCAGCGAAGAAAAAGGCAAGAGGAACAUCUGGCACUGUGAAGCGUGUGGGUUCUAGUAGGAGAGCGAAGACAGAAAGCUCGGAUGAUGACGACGACGAAGCGGAGUACAAGGCCAGACACACGACAAGGCGGUUGAGGUUCAUGAAUGGGGAACUCAACGAGGAGGAUAAGGCUGAGAAUGAGAAUCCACUGCCUGGCUUUCUGGAUGGGAUCACAUUGAGCGAAGUGGUAAUGCCUGCUAUGUCACCAUCGGGACAUGUUCUCAGCUACUCGAGUUGGCUCCAAUGCCUGGAGUGCAACUCAACAUGCCCAAUGACGGGAGCCCAUAUAGAGCAGCGGGACCUCGUCAUACUGACGCCCCAGAAUAUUGAGGAGUAUCGAAACAGAAUCAUCUAUCCGGAGUGAGCAGUCCAAAUAACAAGGUCAUACUAUUAAAUCAGAUAGAUAACGGUGUGAAGGUGUAGUGUACUUUUGAUAGGGACAGGAUUAUCAAGCGAUUUUAGUUCCAAUCUCUAAAGUGCAGCUCAUUGCUCAACGUGUUCGAUGACGGGCGCCCACAUAUAUCACGACAUGCUCAUACGGACACCACAGAAUAUUGAGAAACACCGAGGAAGGAUCAUUCCCGUGUUUGGAGCGAGCAAUAACUUGAUUAACCAAUGCAUUUGUCGACCUUCACGUGCAGCAGAACAAGGCAAUGAUUUUGUCCUAUCUUUUUGUGCAGCAAAAUAGAGCGCACGAGAACACGUGAGAUACGUGUCGGAAUGAUAAGAUAUCGUGAUUAUUCGAGGAAUGUUUUGGAAAUUGUAGCAAAAGUGUAUUCUUUUGCUGCUUAGUGCAAUGUUAUGGUGAUUAUGUCGUACUCCACGAUUCGGUCGUGGGAGUCCAGGCAUCCAGUUAAACUCGCGCUUUUGUCAGCGAGAACUUGCCGCAAGCAGAAAUGCUGAUACAUUCUAAACGUGUCGUUAUAAACUUUGGUC